GUGUAUGAAUGGUGUUGUGACAAAAUUAUUGCAGUUUUUGCAUGGAAAGUGGGAGUGGAGUGAAGCAAUUUUUGGUUGGGUAUUUUGAGGGUAGAAAGGAAGAGGGAUAUGUUGUGCUUGAAGAUCCAUUGUGGGAAUUCUAUGAUGCUUUGAGCGUUGGAUUGGGAGUGGGCGAUUUUUUGGACAUUGACUCUUUCUUUGAACUCACACCUCCUAUUGAUUCAGGUAGCAACCAAUUGAAUGAACAAGACAUGCCAAACAAUCAAAACGACGCGCCACCCCCACCACCGCCGGGAGACGGCGGGAAUGGAAGCGGCAGCGGCGAAAAACCCCAAAAGAUCCCUCUCUCCGCGCAGAGAGAAAGGACGGGGAAGCUGAAGGUGAAGGACUUUGCAGGGUACCUCCAUCUUCCGAUAGAGGAAGCUGCCCGGAGAAUGAACAUCUGCCCGACGGUGAUGAAGAAGAUCUGCCGGCGAGACGGGCUGGUGCGGUGGCCCUACCGGAAGAUCAGAAGCAUUCAGAGGAAAAUCGCCGCCAGGUCCAAGGCCUUGUCCGGUGUCGACCCCGACGAGCGCCGCCGCGCCCAUCUCGAAAUCCUCGACCUUCAGCAGCAGCUCGCCGCCAUUUCUCAAGCAUUCUUGGGUUGAUUUCUAAAACUGGUUAAUAAGUACUCAUUUUGGUCCCCUCGCGAUACAAAUUAUUUAAUAAGUCAAAUUAGUUUUUGCACGUAAAAAAUGUAAAUGAAGUUAUUUCAUCGAAGAGAAUUUAUCUCUUAAAAUGUUUUGAAGGAAUUCAAUUUUUUUUUUGUGACACCCAUACAUGUAACAUAUGAUUCUUUACUGAUUCCAUUAAUGACCGUAUGAAAGAGAACGAGAAGUGUUUGUAAGUGAUUAACUUGUGAAUAAAGUGAUUUCCACAAAGGUUGAAAGUAAAGAACCUCAUUAUUG